AUGAGUAUAAGCAAACGGUUUUCGGAAUGGCUUUUAACAGGGGUGUGCAUGCUACAUGUGAUGAUGGCACCCUAUACAAAAGUUGAAGAAAGCUUCAAUGUACAAGCUGUCCAUGAUAUCUUGUAUCAUCAGUUGAACUUUACCGAGUAUGAUCAUCACGAGUUUCCUGGAGUGGUACCACGUACUUUUAUCGGUGCUAUGGUAAUUAGUGCUCCACUUUUUCCUGUAGUCAGUUAUUUUAAGCAGAAUAAUAUUGAAAAGUACUGGGCUUUGUACGGCGUCAGAAUUGUACUCGGUCUAAUAAUUUUAUUCGCAUUUAAUCAUUUUGCUGAACGAAUUGACAAAGAGUUUGGAGAAUUAUCGGGAGACUUUCUGAGAUUAAAUAUAGCGACACAAUUCCAUUUUAUGUUCUAUUGUUCUAGGCCUCUUCCAAAUACGUUUGCCUUACUUGGGGUACUUUGGACCUACCAGAAAAUUUUGGAUGGACGCUGGUUAUGUGCAGCACGAAUUGCUACGGUUUUCACGCUGCUGUUUCGAUGUGAACUGAUAUUGUUUUAUGGUUGCAUUUUCAUGUGGCCUAUUUUAACGCACCAGCUAUCUCUCUCCGGUUGGAAUGGUGCAGUUGUUCAUUGCUUAUGUACUGCUCUGCUCAUUCUAGGUAUAUCUGUGCCAAUAGAUUCUUUCUUAUGGCGACGAUGGGUAUGGCCUGAAGGUGAAGUAUGGUGGUUCAAUGUAAUAUUGAACAGAAGUCACGAAUAUGGUGUUCUACCCUACUUCUGGUAUUUUUAUUCCGCGAUUCCGCGAGCAAUGAUUGCUUCAACUCCUCUUGUGCCUUUAGGUGCGUUCAUUGAUCGUCGUUUACUACCAAUUCUAAUACCUGUUAUAUGCUACAUCUUCUUGUAUUCCUUUCUUCCUCAUAAAGAACUUCGAUUCAUCAUCUAUACAUUACCGUUUUUAAAUGUCUCAUCAGCAGUGUUCUGUGCAAGAAUGUAA